UCUCUCCAAUUCCUAUUUCUUCCCAUCUCUCUCUCUCUCUCUCUCUCUCUCGAACAAACUCUCCCAAUCUUCCAAUCUCACCACCCAAUGCCAAUGUACAAUCUCAAGAGAAGAACCCAAAUCCUACUUUCUUCAAUUCCAAUCUCUACCCUUCUCCUCCUCCUAUUUGUAUUUCAUACAACCCAACCCAACCCAAAAACCUCAAAACCUUUACACAUCCACCAACACCUCCAAAUUGCAAAAUCCACAUGCGAAGGUACUAUACACCAUGACCUCUGUGUAUCAACUCUCUCUUCCAUCCCCAAUCUCUCCUCCAAAUCUCUCCCUCAGAUUAUCUCCUCCACCAUCAAUCACACCCUCGACGCCGUCCAACUCUCCGCCUCCAACUGCUCCGGCAUCCUUCACAAACUCCCAAAGCUCGACACCCUCCAGAAAAGAGCCCUCGAUGACUGCCUCGAGCUCUUCGACGACACCAUCGAACAACUCCACGUCUGCAUUUCCGACUUAUCUCCGAAUUCCGCUUCCAAACACAUCAACCAGCUGCAAGCGUUUUUAAGCGCGGCGAUAACCAAUCAGUACACAUGCCUCGACGGAUUCUCGCAUGGGGACCACCACAUGAUCCGACCGUUGAUUAAAGAUAGAUUACUCCACAUUUCACAUCUGGUUAGUAAUUCUCUGGCGAUACUCAAGAAGCUGCCGAAGGAGAAAAAGAAGAGAUCGAGAGAAGCGUUUUCGGGUUAUGGAGAAAUGGUGGAUGGAUUUCCGUCGUGGGUUUCGAAGAAAGAUCGAAGGCUUUUGCAAAUGAAUGGAACGGAUACGAAACCCGAUUUGAUUGUUGCGAAAGAUGGGAGUGGGAAUUACACUACAAUCAGUGAAGCUGUUGAAGCUGCACCUAAUCGUAGUGAUGUUCGAUUUGUAAUUUAUAUAAAGUCGGGGGCUUAUUUAGAGAAUGUGGAAGUUGUGAAGAAGAAGACGAAUCUGAUGUUUGUCGGAGAUGGAAUUGAGAAAACGGUGGUGAAGGCGAGUCGGAAUGUGGUGGAUAACUACACUACUUUCAGAUCUGCAACCGUUGCUGUAGUUGGUUCUGGAUUCCUUGCACGCGACAUUAGCUUCGAGAACUCGGCAGGACCCAGUAAACACCAAGCGGUCGCAUUAAGAAGCGGUUCUGAUCUAUCGGCAUUCUACCGCUGCAGCUUCGUCGGCUACCAAGACACCUUAUACGCCCAUUCCCUACGCCAAUUCUACAAAGAAUGUGACAUUUACGGCACAAUUGAUUUCAUCUUCGGAAACGCAGCUGCGGUGUUCCAGAACUGCAAUCUCUACGCUCGUAAGCCAAAUCCAAAUCAGAAGAACAUCUUCACUGCUCAAGGAAGGGAAGACCCAAAUCAAAACACUGGAAUUUCAAUCCAAAAUUGUAAAGUGACGGCUGCAGCUGAUCUUACCUCAGUGAAAUCAUCAUUUAAGACAUACUUGGGCCGUCCCUGGAAACAGUACUCAAGGACCGUUUUCAUGGAGUCGUUCAUCGAUGAUCUAAUCGAUCCGGCCGGAUGGUUGGAAUGGUCAGGUGACUUUGGAUUGAGUACCCUUUACUAUGGUGAGUACAUGAACCAUGGGCCCGGCGCAAACACCUCUAGUAGAGUGACAUGGCCAGGUUAUAGGAUCAUCACUAAUGCUUCAGAGGCAAGGCAGUUUACAGUAGAGUAUUUCAUUCAAGGAAAUGAAUGGCUCACAUCAACUGCAAUUCCAUUUGUAUCAGGUUUGAAAUAAGGAGUGUGUUAUUCUCUCACAUUCUAUUUCAUGCUGCAUUGCAUUUUUUAGGUCUUGUUCUUCUCUAAGAUGUUGUAUGAGUUGUUUCAUGAUUCAAUGACUAUGAUGCUAUUUAAUGCUUUAAUUUAUGGGUUUUAAUGAAAGCUAGGAAAAAUUGUGUUUGGGUGUGC